AUGGACUACUUUACAGGCAGUCCGGUCUAUGAAUUUCCUUAUUCUGGUUACAAUACACCUUCAACACCAUUUUUAAAUUACAAUCCCAAUACGUUAUCACUGAAUUGUACGCCAACAUUGGGUAAUUUACAGAACUAUGCGCCUUCAACUUUUACCAUGCAUUGUACGCCACAAGUUCCUUCUAUUCCGCAUGGAAAUCCUAUUGUCAUCCAAGUUUCAGAUACAUCACCAUUAACAGAAGUCAUUCUUCCACAACAAUCAGAUCAUCAUCGACGAUUAAUGUGUCGUGAGACUUCAGAUCCAGAAGAUGAUUAUUAUCAAAGACGUUCUUCACGAUUAGAUCAUCGUCAACGAUUGAUUUGUCGUGACGCUUCAUAUUCAGACAAUGAUGAAUAUCGAAGACAUCCAUUCCGAUCAUAUCGUCGUCGACGAAUCGUUUGUCGUGGAGAUACAAGUUCAGACAGUGAUGAUUAUGAUAGAUAUUCACCACAUCGUCGUCGUCGACGCCAUCGAUAUCACGAUCAAGUUAGUCCUGAUAUGGAUCAAAGCGGUCAAUCUCCUGCUCGUCUUCACAGUUUAUUAGGCAAUGUCUGGCAACGGAUGGCAGGAGCUUCAGGAUAUCCACCUCAACAGAAUUACCCUUCAUCGCAGCCUUCUAAUGUUAAGAAUGUUUGGCAAGCAAUGCAACAGGCACCUCCACCAAUGCCACCACAAACUCAAAGCUCUGGUGGUCUUGCUAGUAUGUUUGGUAAGAUGAGCGCAGGCGGUGGUAAUGUUAAUCAGCUACCACCACAGACUCAACCGCCUAUGCAAAGUUUUCCUCCUACACAUAAUGUGCCAGCUGGAACUAACCAACCAAGUUCUGCCGUGGCAAGUAUGUGGAAUAUGAUGAGUCAACCGUCACAACAAGGUCCUCCACCUUCUGUAAAUCCAACUUUGAAUCAACCAUCAUCAGCAGCUCCUGCACCAACUUCUAUGUGGAGCAAAAUGUUAGCAGCAACUCCUCCAACGAAUCCUCCUGGAAGCCAAAUGCCGCCACCACCACCACCACCACCACCACCACCACCACCACCGCCACCACCACCUGCUCCUCCAAUGAAUCCUGCCGGACAUCCAACAGCGCAACCCUCUUCUGGUGUAGCUUCUCUUUGGAGUAAAAUGACUGGGUCAUAA